GUCGUAACUGCGGCACUCUGAAAAGUGUGCGUCUCCGUCAGGACUACAACGUCUUGCCAAACUACCUGUGUGGGUCUUUGUGGGCUCAGACAUGGACUUAAGCAGCCUCCUAACCCAGGGUUUGUCCAGCUCAACAGACCCAACCCACCUCCAUGCGGAGCUGUGGGCUGACUUCAUGUCAAAGGUUAUGUCUGCCUGGCUGCCUCUGGUCAUGGCGUCAGUAGUGGUAGGGAGAGAGUUGUUCGGUUCGGGUACAAAGUGCUUCCCCAUAGAUCUGACAGACUCCCAGCCUGGUACAAACGGGACGUUGGAAUCUAACAUCAGCCACACACCUAAACCUGUCAUCAAUGAGAUAUCAGACUACUCCAGGCAACUAGCAGAGUACGUGGACAUUUACUGUGCGAAACAGGAUCGUUACGAGAGUUCCACAUUGUUCAAUUACCAACUCUUUACCAUGAUGCUUGUUAUUCAGGCAGCUGUACUUUAUGGCCCCGUGUUGUUAUGGAACAUCAAGCCAGCCAGAAAGGUCCUCUGUCACCUUAGAUUUCUAAUACAUAACAUAGAUCUGUUAUACCAGGGUCUUAAAGAGGGUGUUGAUUCAUCCACAAAGAGUGAAAAGCAAAAAGACCUGAAAUAUAACAUUGGUAUCUGGCAAAAUUCUUGCUCAUUGUAUAUCUAUUACUUGUUAAAGCAAUUCACUACUGUAGUGCUGUCAAUCACUUUCAUUACAGUUUACAGCACAAUUCCAUCUUUAUCCAUGUCUAACAUACAUGAUGAGUUUUUGUGUUCUGUCAAAGAGAAGUUUACAGUGGAUUGUGCUGUGCCUUCAGCAAUGGUCCAUAGAUGUGUUUGGGGGGCUAAUCUAGCACUGCUUUGUCUUAUUGCUAUCUCUGUUAUAAGUCACAUUGGUAGUCUUCUGUGUGAUUGCUGUUAUGGUAGUCAUAAACCGUUUAGAGAACUAGGCAUCUUAGUCAAUCUGCCAGCAUACGAUGCCCACCUCAUAUAUGUGUUUCUUAAAGCCAACAUUGAGUCCGUUGAAAAGUACAACUAUGUGAGACAACUUAAAGAAGUUAAAUCAGGGGAUCCACCUCCAGCAAACACACAAGUUACCACACCUAACCCAAUACAUCGAGCACUAGACCUAAUCCAGGCUCACCUUUGCUGUUGUCGAUGUUGUGAUACAGAGGAGGCGCCUAACCCAUCAGGCACAUCAAUUGCUCCUACAGGUAACCCAACAAACUUGACAAACACACCAGGAUCUGACCCAAAUUCAAGCCCAUAUUUGGCAGAAACAACAGUGUGAUACAUGGAUAAUAAGCAUUUUGAUGACUUUGAUCUGUUUGUAUAGCCGUUAAAACCGCCCUUUGGUGUAACACGCCAGCUUCGCAGGCACGCAGCAGCAGCUGGCUACAUUACACCAGACGACCUGUUACCUUGAUGUCAUAUAAUGCUGCUAAACCUGGUGCAAUGACCUUAUAUUAUAGAGUGCUUUCAUUCCAUUUGGUAUGUGUUCAAUUUAAGUUGUAUGAGAGAGUUUUAUUAUUGGAUAAUUGCUUUCUCAGAGUCUGCAUAGCACUCAGGAAAUUUGCCUAUUAGUAAGUUAAUUACAUUAAUAUCAAAUGUCAUACAUGGACUGCAUUAAUGUUUGAUACAGGUGUUCUGGCCCAUGUCUUAACUACCGGAUGGCCUGGGGUUCUAUUUUAUUAUCACACGGGCUUCUUGUAAUUCCGUACAUUGCUUUUUCAAUGAUGUUUUGUACCUUUCAAUUAUUUUGGGGUCAAACCUUUAUUUAGCAGUUUCAAAUUUAAGUUGAAAAUGUUGAUACAAAUGUAUGAUUGUGGACACCUAGUGAAAUAGUCUUAGAGACUAAUUUUGGCAGUUGUAAUGUUUGGUAAUGCUUCCAUGUAUCUCAUUAAUUCUUUGAUUCUUUAGAGAGUAUGAUCAAUUUCCACACAGUGUGAUGAAUCACUAGAAGCUAAUGAUAGAUGUAAGUAUGAUAAGUACAUGUAUAUAGUGUACCUUAAAGAGUUGUUUCUCGGGAUCCUGUUUUACUUAAUGAAUAUAGCAAAUUGAAUGAAUUCAAUUUUUUUGCCGGGCCAGCAAAGCUGCUAAAUGCUCUUAAGAUUGAUUGUUUUAUUGAUGUGUGACUUUCUCUGUUUGUGUAUAGAUUAAUUUUUUUUCUCGGAUCUCAUUGUAAAACAGACACAAAGUGGCUCACCCUUGUUAAACAAACAGAAAUAGAUAUUAUCAAUCAAUAAAUUCUCAUCAUAAUCUGUCAGUCCCUAUCAAAAGCUGCAUGGUGAUUGGCAUUAAGUUGUUCAGUUUUCAUAUAGAAUUACAGUCCAUGAACAGUGCACACGUUUUGUUUAAACUGCAUGUUCCACUGCUGCAGGAUCUAGGUGAUUUUUACACUGUCAGUUAUUCACAAAAACUGAAAAGCUCUUAGUCUAAAAACAACAAAAACUAAUAACAGAUACAGUUGCUGUGAUGUGCACUGUAUAGUUUAUUACAUUGACGUCCAACAAAAGUGAACAAUAAUGUUGAACAUACAUUUUUGUACAGGUCUACAUGCAUAUGUACAGU